AUGGGGUUAUCCAAUAGCCCAGCAACAUUCCAAAGGUUUAUGGAGUAUGUGUUUAGCGAUCAGGUUUUUGUGACUCUUUUGGUGAAUCUGGAUGAUUUGUUGGUGUUUGCUCGGAGUGUGGAUGAGCAUCUGGAUAGACUGGAGGGAAUGUUGAAGCUUUUGAGGAAACAUGGGCUGAAGUUGAAACCUUCCAAAUGCCACAUACUAAAGCCCCAGGUUAGGUACCUUGGAUUUAUCAUUUCUAAGGGAGGAAUUAAUACAGACCCAGAGAAAAUACGGGCUGUACAGGAGUGGCCAGUUCCGCGCACUGUUAGGGAGGUCAGGGCAUUUGUCGCAUUCUGCUCCUUUUACAGAAGGUUUGUGAAAAAAUUUGCGAAAGUGGCUGCUCCGUUGCAUGCUUUGAUGAGUGGUGAUUCUAAGGCAGCAGUGAGUGAUUAUUGGGGGAAGGAUGAGGCCAGAGCAUUUGCCUUGUUGAAAGAGAAGUUAAGUCAGGCUCCAGUGUUGAAAAGUGCAGAUUACAGCAAGCAGUUUGUGGUGGAGACAGAUGCUAGCUUUGAAGGACUGGGAGCAGUUUUAUCUCAGGAGCAUGAUGGGAGGUUGCAUCCGGUGGCUUUUGCAAGUAGAGGUCUCAGAAGGUCAGAGCGGAACAUGAGCAAUUACAGCUCUAGGAAGUUGGAGCUGUUGGCUCUGAAGUGGGCAGUGACAGAGCAAUUUAAGCACUAUCUGGUGGGUGGACAUUUUAUAGUGCUGACGGAUAAUAAUCCAUUGGCACAUUUGAACUCUGCCAAGCUCUCGGCAGUGGAGAGUAGGUGGCUGGGUGACUUGGGAAGGUUUGAUUUUGAGGUGAAAUACCGGCCAGGGAAUGGUAACGCGGAUGGAUUGUCGAGGAGGCCCCAGGAAUUGAUUGAGGGAGGGGAGGAAGAGAAGGAGAUAUGGGAAACCAGUCCUAACACCUCGUGGGGUCAUCAAGGGGUUACUAGAACAACGUCACUAGUGAAGGAUAGGUUUGCUUGGCCAGGACUACAUGAAGACAUCAAAUUGUAUGUGGCAAAGUGCAAAGUCUGUGUCAUGGGGAAGGAGGAGGGUGUGCGGGCCAAGACUAAGUUGGGUACGUUGGAAGCCAACCGCCCCUGGGAAGUGUUGGCUGUUGACUUCACUUUGCUGGAUCCGGCCAGGGAUGGCAAGGAAAAUGUAUUGGUGGUGACGGAUGUGUUUAGCAAGUUUGCCCUGGCCUUUCCUACUAAAAAUCAAAAGGCAAGCACAGUAGCCAAGAUCUUGGUGGAGGAGAUUUUUCACCGUUUUGGUUGCCCAGAAAGGGUACAUAGUGACCAGGGUAGGAAUUUUGAGGGAAAGUUAGUGCAGGAACUAUGCAAGUAUUACCAUGUAGCCAAGUCUCGUACCACCCCGUAUCACCCUCAAGGAAAUGGGAUCUGUGAGAGGUUUAACCGCACCUUACAUGGGAUGUUAGUUACCCUUGGUCAGGAACAGCGGGAGCACUGGCCUAGGCACUUGUCAAGCCUCACUUCCAUCUAUAAUACCACACCCCAUGCUGUCACUGGUUUUUCACCCCAUUAUUUGUUGUUUGGUGUGGAACCCCAUUUACCUUUGGAUAGGUUCUGUGAGGAAACUGAUAAACCGGACUCAGAGGAACAAGUGGACUCAGUGGUUGAGCAGGAGGGAGAGGAUGCCCUAGGGCCUGGUGAAGAGCCAGAUUAA